AUGGAAAGAGCGCCGCAGCGCAGCGACACCAGCUGCAGCCAGCAGGGGGAGCUCUCCACCAGCACCAGAGCACUGCCUUUCCCUGCAGUACCUCCCACCAACCUCAGGGGCAGCAGAGGGCAGGGCCUCAGCCAAUCCAGCCGUAGAGUCAAUGGACACCAGCUGUCACAUGACUACAACCAGGAAGUGUUCUCUGGACCAGUGAGCUGCCACCUUGAGGCCAAUCACAUUCCAGCCCAGUCUUACCUCAGCAGCGAGGACAAGUACUAUCAGCCAGUCGACAGCUACCGUCAACAGCAAGGCCACACCCCUUCCUACUCAGACCUGUACCGCCUCCCAGCUGACAGCCAACCGUCUGCCAUCUUCUAUAACUCCGCCUACCCGGAUCGAUGCCCCUCCCCUCUCUACGAGGAUGACGCCCCCUUCCGCAUACUCAACGCCCUGCCGGCCAAUCCGGACGCGUCAGAGCCGGUCACCGCCAUCUUCAUGGGCUUCCAGACGGCUGAGGACGACAGUGGGCGUGGCCUGGGCUACGAGGGUUCCAUUAAGGCGGAACUCGUCGUCAUCGGUGACGAUGAUGACGACGGCGGCGAGGCUCACGUCGGGCGUCCGGCCGAGGGUUACCGUAACUACGGUUACCAGCAAGGCCAGCGAGGGGUGGAGCCUGAGGCCGCUAACUGCAACGGCAGCGGCGUGCGAGGGCGGAGUCCGUGGAAGGGGGUCCGCAAGCAGGAGGGCCGAUCAGAGCGACGCCUCAGAGAGGGGAAGACGAACGCAGAUACACAGAUGCUGAACUAAACCACCAGAAGCUACAGGACCAGCCCCUCAACCCUGCUACAACCUGCCUGCUGUUCACUACCUGUCUACUGCACUGGCUGGCUAGCUGGUUUACUAGUUGGUUAGCUGGCUGGCUAGUUCCUGUCAACAACCAUAUUACUUAGUAUGACUGUUAAGAUAUUAGAUAUGUGAUUACUGUCUUGAUAUCUGUCAAUACACAGGUGAUACUGACAGGUGAUACUGAAUAUCUGCUAUAUAUAGUUUUUACACCCACACAGGGCACACACACACAUCACACACACUACACACACACAUCACACACACUACACACACAGAAGUCAGUGCUGGUGAACCUUCCAGUGCCUUAAUCAGUGUGCCCGUUUUAAUCUGCAUGCUGCUUUAGAGGAGUCUGCGUCCAUAAUACCCCAGCAUCUGUCUGAGUCGUCUGCUGAGGAGAGAACCUGUGUGCUGAUUAUAAACAUGACUGCUGAGGGAUUAAAGACUGCUG